CAACUAUCCACUUUGCAUGGCAUUCCUCGGAACCCUGCUAUCGGCGGCCUAAAACUUGUCGGACUUCUAUACCAUUCGUGACGCCUUCUUCUGUCCAUCACCGCCGCCGCUGCCUCCUUACAUUCGUUUAUCGGAUCUAGGGCCCCACCGCUGUCAUUCCGAACAAACAACUCGCACUGUCUCGUGCUCUCGGCGCUGCUUUCCUCACUCACCAAGUUGAACAACUUGAGAAAACCGUGUCCGCUGGUCCCGGAUCCCGGAACUGGAGGGACAGAGACAAGAAACCUCCUCAGACUCCAAACCAUCCUAACCAAGGGCAGUAUGGACAACGUCAGUCCAAGCCCGGAGAACUCUGGAACCCCGACGGAAAUGGGAAUGGGCGUGGGACGUUUGGACGCAAGAGGGGAGGCGGUGCGGGCAGGAGGAUGGAUGGAGGGGAGAGGGACAGAGAGGGCGAGACCGCGACAGAAGGCGGAGGGGGACCCAAGAUCUUGAACAGGAACACCAGAAGGGAGGAGGGCGGUUUGGGCAAUAGGUUCGGUGACGCUCAAACGAGGAAGAUACAGAGGAAGGAAAAGGAUGCGGACGUCGUCGUCCUCGAUGCUAGCGUGCUGAUAAAUGGACUGUGGCAAGUGAAGAAAUGGUGUAGGGAUGGGAGAGACGAGAUUGUCAUUGUCCCGCUCGAAGCUCUAAACACUCUCGAUCUGCUCAAGAAGGGCACGACCCCCUUGGCCCAGCGUGCUCGCCAAGCUUCCCGAAUCCUUGAGGCUCAAGUAGGCACCAACUCCCGUAUCCGCGUUCAGCAAGACAAUGCCUACGUUCUCUGGGACUCUAUUUCCCUAGAGCCCGCUCCUCCCUCCGAGGAUGACAAGGGCAUAGUCCUAGGCUCACCGGAGUGGGUUCGCAGGACGAUUUCUUGCGCGAAGUGGCAAGUCGAGAACGUCGACAGCACCAUUCCGCCGCCUACUGCCGCUGCCGCCAACAAGCGCGGCCUUCGCGUCGUCCUCGCCGUUCUUACGCCAUCUCCUACCCAGCCACUCAACAACGCACCUCCGGGUUCCAGACCCGUUUCUGCUAACGCAGACGCGGACUCUCCUGUUCCGCUCCCGGCGCCACAUGUCCUUAUGCACCCCAACAAGUACGAGAUUCGGGCGCAAGGCGAACUCGUAGCGCAUUGGGCUAAGAGGGCUGGAGUCGUGGUGAUGAAUGUUUCUACUGAAGGGGCGGGCCCUGGUGGUGCACAUUCCGCCGCGGUCGGUGGCGUGGCCGGCGCAAACCUUGCCGUUGGCGCGGGAGCGGGAGAAGCGGAAGAACGAGGAAUGAAAACUAUCAGAGGCAGCCCGCCUCGUGCGAAUCAUCAUGGGCAAGGACAUGGUUAUGGGCACGGCACUGCACGACACCAGAAGAACUCGCAUUCACAGUACUCCGGGGGCAGCGACAAAGACAGGGAUGCCAUUGUCGGUUUCAAAGAUGCCCCUAUUGGAAAGGAGCGGGAGCGGGAGAGACUCGUGGAUCGACCUCCUGCGGUGAAGAAGAUGAUGGACAUGGUCAAGGAGCCCAGCGUCGUCGUCCGAGUCCUCGCGAGGGGAGAGAAGCUCGACCCGUGAUUUUCCAGCACUCACAACAAUCAGCAGCGAACAUUAGCAGCAAGCAGAAGCAAUUCCGACGAUAUGAACGCGAUGCGACGCCUUUGUCUAUUCAGGAGACGAGGAUGCCUUUCUCCUCUUCCCUGACGGGUGAGGAGUCGAUAGUCGAUGCGCCCUCACUUCAAUACGUCGCUUCUGCCGUGUUGAUUUGUGGCCCCGGUCAUACUUUGCAUUCGGGUAGGAGGGAGGGACCGUAUCAGACCAGUCGAGGACUCUUGGGACUGCUGUUUGUAGGGAUCGGGACUGGGAUUUCGUCGACUGCUUUCACCACCGGGCUCCUCUGUUGUGAGCUUUGUCGGGGUGGCAGAUGGGUAUGUACAAGAUGCUCGUUGAAUCUUCGUCGUCGUUGAUACAUUUCUGACGGUGACUGUACUGAAGUGGUCAGGACAUACAUAAUACCGUCUGCCUACCUGUCGCCUGUGCUUUCUACAUACCUUCUCCUUCGUCUUAUGCCCUCUUCCCCUUUUCCUUUUCAUCCCUUACAAUAUCUUUCUCUCCUCCCAUCUCAUAAAUCAUCUAACCCAUAUACGAAUAUGCCCCCUUUUCUCCUCUUCUUGUCAUCUUCCGUACGGCGAACGUUUCGAACGUUUGCGUGCGUCUUUCGUAUUCCUUUUGGAUCUUAUGCCUACCUAGCGUUGUCUUCUUCACUUAUGCGGAUCCAUGAAGGCCCUGCUCGGAAUUUUCUUAUUUCUCUUGUUCUUGCCUUGAACAGGAUAUGGUACGUCUCGCG